GGUAGCUCUCGCGGUAUUUGCCCUGCCAGCCCCGGACACCGGCCGCACAAAGGGACCGGACACUGUGAGGCCAGCCUGGGGUAGGAGGGACCGUACGGUAUAUACCCUAAGCUUGUAAGUUAAAAUAAUGGCAACUCCAACAGCAGUGAACCCAACUGAAAUGACUACAGAUAUCCCCGGAUCAGUGAGUUUGCCAGGUGCGGCAAUGGCAGCAGGGCAGGUGAGGAUGGCAGGACCCAUGCCAGCUCGGGGAGGAAAACGGCGGUCAGGAAUGGACUUUGAUGAUGAAGAUGGAGAAGGUCCCAGCAAAUUUUCAAGAGAGAAUCACAGUGAAAUUGAAAGACGUCGGAGGAAUAAGAUGACACAGUACAUCACAGAGCUGUCCGACAUGGUUCCCACCUGCAGUGCCCUCGCACGCAAACCUGACAAGCUCACCAUCCUGCGCAUGGCCGUGUCCCACAUGAAAUCCAUGAGGGGAACAGGGAAUAAAUCCACGGACGGAGCUUAUAAACCCUCCUUCUUAACCGAACAGGAGCUAAAGCAUCUGAUACUAGAGGCCGCAGAUGGAUUUCUUUUUGUGGUGACAGCAGAAACUGGGCGAGUAAUCUACGUAUCUGACUCUGUCACCCCAGUUCUAAACCAGCCUCAGUCGGAGUGGUUUGGGAGCACUUUGUAUGAGCAGACACACCCAGAUGAUAUAGAAAAACUCCGGGAACAGCUGUGCACCUCAGAGAACUCCAUGACAGGUCGGAUUUUGGAUUUGAAAACAGGCACUGUGAAAAAAGAAGGACAACAGUCUUCUAUGCGUAUGUGUAUGGGAUCCAGACGGUCAUUCAUUUGUAGGAUGAGGUGCGGUAAUGCCCCGUUGGAUCACUUACCUCUUAACAGGUUAAGCACAAUGCGGAAGAGGUACAGGAAUGGACUUGGACCUGUAAAGGAGGGAGAGGCACAGUAUUCUGUGGUUCACUGUACAGGGUACAUUAAGGCCUGGCCCCCAGCAGGUAAGAGAGGAAUGACCAUCCCUGAAGAAGAUGCAGAGCUGGGACAAGGGAGCAAGUACUGUCUGGUUGCUAUCGGGAGACUGCAGGUCACAAGUUCUCCUGGGUGCGUGGACAUGAAUGGAAUGUCUCUUCCAACCGAAUUCUUAUCACGGCACAGCACGGAUGGAGUCAUCACGUUUGUAGACCCCCGGUGCAUCAGUGUGAUUGGGUAUCAACCACAGGACCUCUUGGGAAAAGAUAUCAUAGAGUUUUGUCACCCAGAAGAUCAAAGUCACCUUCGGGAAAGUUUCCAACAGGUUGUGAAGCUGAAAGGACAGGUGUUGUCAGUGAUGUAUCGUUUUCACACCAAGACGCGGGACUGGAUGUUACUCCGCACCAGCAGUUUUACUUUCCAAAACCCAUAUUCUGAUGAAAUUGAGUAUAUUAUAUGCACCAAUACUAAUGUGAAGCAAGUACAGCAGCAGCAGGCUGAGAUGGAGGUUCAUCCAAGGGAUAGCUUGUCCUCCUAUGACCUAUCACAGGUGUCUGUGCCAAGCCUUGCAGGCAGCGUUCACGAAGGGGGGAAAUCUGUAGUUGAUAAGCCGGAUCCCAUCUUUUCCCAAGACCGUGACCCCCGCUUCGCUGAGAUGUUUGCUGGAAUUACAGCCUCUGAGAAGAAGAUGUUGUCCGCAUCUGGCAGUGGAACUCAGCAACUCUACUCAACGGGCAGCCCCUUCCAGCCAGGACACAGUGGCAAGUCAUUCAGCUCCUCCGUGGUCCAUGUCACUGGAGUAAAUGAAAUCCAGUCUCCAACAGGCACUGGGCAGAAUUUAACCCAGAUAUCUCGUCAGAUUAAUGCUGGGCAAGUCUGGACAGGAAGCAGACCUCCAUUUCAGGGGCAGCAAAUCACUUCUCAGUCCAGUAAAGCUCAAUCUUCUCCCUUUGGAAUCGGAACAAGCCAUACGUAUACAUCAGAUCCUUCUACGUACAGCCCACUCUCCAGCCCUGCCACCUCAUCUCCUAGUGGGAAUGCCUACUCUAGCUUAGGAGGACGAAGUGCUGCAUUCACUGAAACAGGACAGAGCAGUGGUCAGUUUCAGGGCCGAGCGUCUGAGGUCUGGUCUCAGUGGCAGAGUCAGCAUCAUAACCAGCAGAGCAAUGAACAGCAUUCACACCAGCAGCCAGGACAGGCCGAAGUUUUCCAGGACAUGCUACCAAUGUCUGGAGAUCCCACUCAAGGCACCGGUAAUUAUAACAUUGAAGACUUUGCUGACUUGGGGAUGUUUCCUCCAUUUUCUGAGUAAUCUCUAAAGAAGCACAUCAUCCUUUUCUCUACGUGGCUUACCAUAUAUCAGCUUUGCAACUGUACAUCGGUGGGGAAAGAUGUGGUUGGUCCAUCUGUGGGAUGGUAACACAGACCAUAGGUGACAGGAGUUUGUAGUGUUUUUCUUAAACCGUCAAUUUACUUGUCUGAGAGAAGUAUUGGGAACUUUUGAAAGCCACAGCAGAUUCUUGCACCAAAGUGAAGGAAUUAUUAUGAACAUUCAUGGACUGCUCCACCUUUUAUCAAAGUACAGUCUUAACCGUUUUCCUACCUGGCCUUCUGGAAACAAUUGGUUAGAUCUGUAUGGCAAGUUAUUUGUAAAUCAAAACAUGUAACUAUUACAUAAAUUAACAACGGAUGACACACUCAAUACCUUAUGAAUAAAGAAUAAUUGAUUAGAUGAACUUCGUUAAGAUUAUUUAAGAGAUGUGAGUCGUGUCCAUAGGAGGACUUCUCACUCCCAGAGUUUGUAACGGACCUCACACUGUACACGACAGCCUUUCUAAGUCCCACCAGCAGGAGUGUUUUACUUUCUCCUCUAUCAUCAAUAAUAUACUCAACUCAUCUGAAGGGGACUGCUCAUUUUAUGUUCUGGGAUUCAGAAACCCUGCGUUGUAUUUCAUUAAGAGGAGAAACUCAGCUUAUUUAUAAUCUGACUAGAGAGUUGAUGUUGACUCCCGUUCUCUGUCUCUAUCUCUGGCUCUUUAUCUCUUGGAGAGAUUCAUUUUCUGGAGCUUUUUCCUGUCCUGAUACAAACAGGGAAGUCUUCAUGUAUUGUCAAUGUGACCUGUCUUGGUUACUAAUCUGUCCAGCUAAUAUGUUGUUGUGAACAGUAACGUAUAAAUGGUGUAUUUUGUACUACUGAAUGUCUUGUACUAUUGUGCAUUGCAGUGUGCAUAGCAUAGCUAUGCUCUCUUUUGCUGAUGUCAUUUCAAUAAAGGCUGACUCCGG